GACGUAGCCAACGAGUAAAUUAAAUGAAAGUAACGUUAGCUAGCUUGAGCUAAGUUAUCAUCUUAUCGAUUAGUUUACAUACUGCUUCGCUUCUGACAUUAGCCUAAGAGGAACUGUUGAAACCGUCGAAUUUGUAAAGGUUUGGCGUUGGAGAUUACCCUUUAUUUAUGUGUAAUGUUUUGAAGCUGUGCUGUCAGGCCCACGGUUAGUCACCUGCGAUCUGUGUCAUCAUAAAUGAGUUGUAUGAGAGAGAAGAGAGAUGCAAGUAUGGUGAAAGACUCCUGUGGUUCGUAUGAUGGAAGGACUGGGAAAGGAGAGAUCAACAUGUGGCGCUAGAUCCUUCCCAUGGCUCGGUCACACCGAAACGGAGGCUUCAACACUGCUAUGGAAGCUCAAGGACUGCUUCUCCACAGAUGAGACAAGCUCCCCUCAUCAGACAGACAAAAGCAAUCACAUGGACAACAGAAAGGCUGUACUGGAUUUGAAAGAUGUCCCUCCUCCACCACUGCACCAUACUUCCUCUUCCCAGUUAUCCCAGCCCUUCUCUCUGUCCUCUCUCCCGUUGCCUCCUCCCUGCUUGCCGCCGCCUCCCCCUCAGCUUGCACAAGACUCCCUCCAACAACAGCUGCCACCACCUCAUCAGCAACAAGAGGGGGCUAGCCCCAAAGUAAGCAUUUGCGAGCACUGUGACUACAACAACACAGAUGGCUUUGGGUUGUUGGGUGGCAGAGGUGUUGUUGGUAGUGGCAGCAAUGCUGCAGGAGUUGUUUCGCUUUAUAUGGCCCCAGGGUCUCUGGGAGCACCGAUCAGUACUAGUAGGUCCGGGCCUUGUUCUGUAGCCUCAUCUGUUCAUCAGUAUAAACAUAAAUUUAGCUGUGGCACUGGAGGUGAAGCUUUUGAUCCUUUAUUCAGUCUUGGUUGCAAACCUCAGCUGUCCUCUUCUGUUGCUACCUCUCAACCCAUUUCAUCACAUCCCUACCUCCCCUGCUGCUCAGGGCUUCUCCACACCUACCCAGCUGUACCUCUUCCUUUCAGUCAAGCCAGCCUCUUUCCCUCUUCAGCACCGAUGGCAUCUUCUCUCCCCUCCGUUUCCUCUCUACCUGCUAGCUUGCAUGGCUCUUGCCUGACCUCUUCUGGCUUUUACACCUGCGGUGUGGACUGCAGUGCAUCAGCCAGAAGAUCCCAAGGAAGUAUACUCGGUGGUCACCCAAGCACCAGCACCAUCACUACUACAGCCACUUCAGCACACUUCUUCUCUAAUCCUAUGCACCUAAAUGUUGAACGCACUGUUUGUGUGAAGGGGGCGCACUACUGUCAGGAGUGCUUAUUGAAGCCUAUGAAUGGUCUGAUGGCAGAUUCAGACAAGGUGCACCCAAGUGUUCCUAUUCCUCAGACUGCUCCUAUUCCUAUUCCUAUUUGUAAUGGCUGUGGCACCUUCUCCGAUGGCAAAAUGCUCAUGCCAUCAACCAGUCUUGGCAAGACUGGACAGAAAUAUGGAUCACCAGAGGGUUCUGGUCCUGACAGCAUCCCUCCGGUCGGGGUCUUUUGGGACAUUGAGAACUGCAGCGUCCCCAGUGGACGCUCUGCUGGGGCCGUGGUCCAACGAAUUCGCAACCGCUUCUUCCAGGGUCAUCGUGAGGCAGAAUUCAUUUGCGUUUGUGAUAUUAGCAAGGAGAGUAAAGCUGUCAUCCAAGAGCUCAACAACUGCCAGGUUACUGUUGCACAUAUUAAUGCCACAGCCAAGAAUGCUGCAGAUGACAAACUUCGUCAGAGCCUACGGCGCUUUGCUGAGACGCACACUGCACCUGCAACUGUUGUACUGGUAUCCUCUGAUGUGAAUUUUGCAAGCGAGUUGAGUGACCUGCGUCAUCGCCAUGGUUUCCAUGUAAUCCUGGUUCAUGGCAGCCACACAUCUUCAGCUCUACUGCAGCAUGCCAACAGCCACGUGCCCUUUCAGGAGAUAACAGCAGAUCUGCCACCACGCAUGCUUGUCAAAGCGCAGCCCAGUUUCAACCUCCUCUAUGUGCACAACCUCCCUCUCAACUGUGACAAGAACAUGCGGAACGCUGUGAAGCUCAGGCUCCGCCGCCUGUCAGACAACUGUGGCGGCAGAGUACUUGGUGUGUCCCAGGGCACAGCAGUCCUCCGCUUUGGCAGCCCUGAGGCAGCUACACGUGCCCGCAAGCGAAUGGAAAAUGAGGAUGUGUUUGGCCACAGAAUCAGCCUCUCCUUCUCCCCGCGGCCCAGAGACGAUGCAAGUCCUGAGUCUGAGCUUCGUUCUCAGCCCCAUCACUUGCCUCAGACUCUGGCCCGGAGCUCUCAAACCCAGGAUUCAAUGUUUGGCCCUCCCCCAUCUAUAGCCUCCUUCUCUUUUCUGCCCCUGGAGACACCCAGGUCACCCAGAAGGCCACGGCGAGCAACCCGCCCCUGCCACACCCCUGGUCCGGUGGCUGAAAGGCCCUAUAGCCCCAGGAGGGGUUGCAGUGGGCCUCCCGGUGGUGCUCCAGCCAAGCCCCAUCAGGAGCUGGGCAGUUUGGAGGGGAAGGCCAGAAUGAGCUUUCAGCACUUGGAAAAGGGAUGUGCUGCCUCCUCUUCGACCCAGAAUAAUGGUGAGGCUGGAGCACUGGAGCAGCUAACUAAGCCUGGGCUCACUGUAGAAUCCAUCUACAGGCAGAGCAGAGAGGACUCCAGCCCUCAAAGUGCAACUGAAUCCCCUGUUGACCAAGUGGACAGGAACUCAGGGGAGUUCCAGAUUAGCACACCCUCCGCCUUCAGCAAGUUGAACCUACACAGAAGCUUCAGCCCCCUUGUCUUAUCUCAGGGCUCCUGGUCUUCCAGGAGUGCAUCCCCUUGCCUAUCCAGCCGUUCCUCACCUCUGAUUGCUGCCCCUCGUAGCCCUUGUCCUGAAGCUUCUGAGCCUUUCUCAGAGGGAGCAGAGAUCCAGGUUGCCAACCUGGACUACAGAAUGUCUCGCAAGGAUCUGCAGCAAACUUUAAAUGACACAUUCUCCCGAUACGGAAGGGUAAAAAGUGUGGAGCUUAGCCCCCACACUGACUACCAGCUGAAGGCCACAAUUCAGAUGAUGUCACUGCAGCAGGCCAUUAGUGCAGUCAGCGGCCUACACCGUUACAAGAUCGGAGGCAAACGCAUUCAGGUGUCUCUGAUCACCGGUGGCAGCAACAAAUCUCUUGCCAUGCUCAGCCCAGAGAUAAUCUCCAUUCUUCAAGAUGCUCCUGCCAGUUGCCUUCCUCUUUUCAAGUUCACUGAGAUUUAUGAGAAAAAAUAUUCCCGUAAGCUCGUGGUUGGCGAUCUGUAUCGGCUCCCAGAGCUGGUUGCAGUGCGGGAGCAGGGAGGCUCAAGGUUUGUGUGCCUUCUGUCCAACAGCCAAAUACGUCAGAGUCCACUGGGAUCUUCCCAAUCCCAGGAGGGCUCCUCCUCAGCAAGUGGGAGUCCUGUUGUGUUUGAGGAGUUGGAGUACCAUGAGCCUGUCUGCAGACAGCACUAUUCACUGCAGGACUUCAGUGAGGCAGACUUUGACCCUGAUUCCUAUAAAAUCCCAUUUGUUGUGACGUCUCUGAGCACACUAGCCUCAGAGGUCCACAGUCUGUUGCAGUCACAUCAGGGGACACUUCCACUCCUCAGUUUUCCAGACUGUUAUGCAGCAAAAUUCAGACCACUUCAGCUUGGCAAUGAGUCACUGGAAGGUGGUGUUCCUCUGGAGCACCUCGUCACCUGUGUUCCCAGUAUCACAGUAGUCACAGCUCAAAAUGGUUUCAAAGUCAUCAAGUGGAUCAACAAUAAACCACCGGCGCCAAACUCUGAGCCAUGGAUUCAACGCUGCAAGAGUCCAGUCGGCAAUCCACAGCUCAUCCAGUUUAGCCGAGAGAUUAUUGACCUCUUAAAAAGUCAGCCGUCAUGCAUCAUGCCAAUCAGCAAAUUCAUUCCCUCAUAUCAUCAUCACUUUGCCAAGCAGUGCCGCGUCUCCGACUACGGCUUCUCUAAGCUGCUGGAGCUCCUCGAGGCCGUGCCACAUGUUCUGCAGAUCUUGGGUAUGGGUACAAAGCGUUUACUGACUCUAACUCACCGAGCUCAAGUUAAACGCUUCACCCAAGACCUGCUUAAACUGCUUAAGUUUCAAGCCAGCAAACAAGUGGCAAUCAAGGACUUCAUGCAGGCAUACCAUUGGUGCUUCUCCAGAGACUGGAGAGUAACUGACUAUGGGAUAUGUGACUUGAUGGAUCUGCUGACGGAGAUCCCUGACACCACCAUCACCAUCACACAACAGCCCACCGACACAGUCAUCUCAGUUCCUAAGAGGGAGCGUACUAUGGAAGAACUGGAGCGUACCAAGCAGUUUGGGAAGGAGGUGGUGGACCUGCUUCGCCACCAGCCUCACUGUCGAAUGCCCUUCAGCAAGUUCAUACCAACUUACCACCACCACUUUGGUCGCCAGUGUAAGCUCAGCCACUAUGGAUUCACCAAGCUCAUUGAGCUCUUUGAGGCAAUCCCUGAUGUCCUGAUGGUGCUGGAGUGCGGUGAGGAGAAAGUGCUGUCUCUCACUGAGGUUGAGCGUAUCAAAGCUCUGGCAGCUCAGCUGGUCAAGCUGCUGCGGACUCAGAAAAACUCCAGUCUGCCUGUAAGCCAGCUGCUCACAGAGUACAGCAAAACCUUUGGUUACGGGCUACGCCUGCAGGACUACGACGCAAGCUCCCUGCCUGCUCUGCUGACCAAACUCUGCCACGUUGUCAAGGUGGUGGAUGGCGCGGAUGGUCGGGAAGUGCAGCUGAUCAACAGGAAGUCUCUGCGCUCUCUGACCUCACAGCUAGUGGCACUGCUCAUGUCCCAAGAAGAUGAGAAAGUCGCCAAGGGUCUGAAGGUGGAGGAGCUGAGCCAGUAUUACCUAAGCGUUCACGGAGUUGCGCUAAACCCAUGUGAAUAUGGGUUCCUUUCUCUCGGCGAGUUACUUAAGAGCCUUCCAUACCUGGUCGAGCUGUACCACGAGGAAACUGAUGAUACCACUCAAGCUGCCAGCAGUCAUGGGGAAGAAUUUGUGAGGCUAACCAGGCUUUACCAGUUUGCUCGUAAUGUACGCGCGCUGCUCCACACCUACCAUUACAACCAGAUCUUCCUGACUGAGUUCCAGGGAGCGUACAACAAAUUCACAGGCUGCAGCCUUGAUCCACGUGUCUGUGGGUACACCAGCAUUGAUGAGCUGCUCAGUGCGAUUCCGCAGGUGAUCUGGAUCAAAGGGCACGGUCACAAGAGGAUUAUCGUUUUGAAGAACGAUAUGAAAGCAAAACCAAGCUGUUCAGUUCCCAACAGCCCCCAGCCGGAGAACACCGAGAGCCCGAGAGACAGCCCGAUUAGCAGUGCAACAUCUGGAACUCAAAGUCCAGCUGCAGAGUCGGAGCUGCUGUGUCUGUCGUCUCCAGUGGACCUGCUGUGUGGCCCUGUUCCAUCCUGCCUACCGUCGCCUCAGCUUCACCCCGACCCCGUUAUCGUCCAGCAGGCGGAUCUGAUUCACUUUGAGGAGAGAACUCCUCCACUACCAACAGAGAGUGAUGAACAUGUGGUGGCACCGGCAGACGUCACAGCUGAUCUACCUGCGAAGCGUGAUGGCGGCACAGAUGACUCUGCAGACCCCAGAGCACCACCACCCCCUGACACAAAGACCCUCCUGUCCAUGGACAGUCCCAGCAGAAGAGCUUCACGUAGUAGAAUCAAAUUAGCAGCCAACUUCUCAUUCACGGCAGGCCUCUGAUCCUCUCAUAUAUACACAUACAGUCUCACAUACAGCAAUACAAGUUUACACACAGUGUAACUCUAAAUGAAAGAGUUGAACGGCUACACUAAGCACAUAACACAGAAGAGCAUUGGUCUUGUCCCUCUAUGUCCAAACGGGCUGUUGCAUUCUGCAUUCUUCGUCAUCACAUUUGUGCCAUUUUAGUUUGUUUUUGAUUUGUUUUUUCAGUUCAGUCUUCUAAGUUCACCAAACUGAUUUGCUUCUUGCAGACUUUCUGCAAUUCUCUAAUUUGCCAAAUGUCAUCUGCUCUAACGUGUGUUGAGUUUCCUCCCAAGGGCAAUUAAUAUCCAUGAAUGUGCAUUUUCAGUUUAGAGCCAUAUUGUGUCGAACACUUUCAGUGAAUGAGCUGAGUUUGUUGUCACUGUGAACAAAGUGGUGGAAAACAAUGGGAGAAAUGCUAGGGAUGAGUAACUAGGUUUUCUGUAUUACAUCAAAGUAGUGUAGGUAUUCACUGUUUACAAAAAUACACGACAGAAGGUUUUUAAAGAGAUUUUUGUUAAUGAACCACAUUAAGAAACCUUCAGAAAUACUUCCUUGCUUUAUCUCCAAGAUAUAAAAUUUCAUUUAGAACUUUCUUUGUAGCUAACCCCUGAUAUGUCGACCCAAACUAGCAGCUGAAGCAUCCACCUGUUUGUUUCUUUCAGAUUUCUAAAGAAAAUGCUUUUUAAUCAGGUAUUCUGUAUUUUGUCUGUGUAAGGAAGUAGCCUCAGCAUAGUGUUCUCAGUUCCUUUUUGUACUGUGUAGAGUAUUUGGUCACCGGUAGAAGAGUUUGGCUUAAAUGUGUAGCAGAUUCAGUGGCAAUUAAAUGCUGGGACUGAAGGGAAACCAGGUCGUAACUGUUCAGACUGUGUUGAUGGAAGCUGUCUGUGUUUGAACAGUUUUGGUAUUGCAACAAUCGCUGCUCUCUGGAACUUUUAUUGUUGUAUGUUCACUUAAUUUAUAGCAAAGAUUUUGGCUUGUGUCUUCAGGGCCUCUAACGAAGGCCUCAAAAGUUUAAAAAAAAAAAAAAAAAAAAAGGCACUUCAGUAUUUCAGCCAUGGGCAUGCUUAGGCAGCACAAACUGACUUAAGCUUUGUCUUUAGUCAGCAGCCGGUGUGUUUGUUUGUUUUAGUAUUUUGUCUGUGUGUGGUUUACACUGGAGUAGGUGGUGUGAAAUGUGCGUGUUGUGCAUAACUGAGUUUAUGCAUGGUGUAAUUCCAGGAGGAGCAGACGUAAACAGAAGAUGGUAAAGACGUUCUUUAAGACCAGUCUUUAUUUCCACCGUGAUGUUUAGAUCCCAGAGUUGGCAUCGCCCCAUGCAGCUGCUGUAUACUGUAAGUGCUCAAGGUUUGUUGCUUUAACCUUGGAGCUGGUUGCCGCUGUAUCACUGGUGAUUCACUUGGUCUGAGAUCUUGAGGGGAGCGGUGAGCACUCCUGAGCUUAUGAUUUUUAAUGAGACUGAAUAGUUGAGUUUUUAGGGAAA